AUGGCCAGAAUAAAAGAAUCGUCACCGGGCGAGGGCCGCCGGCGGACACAAGCGGUCCACCCCCGGAGCUACCUGGAUGACUUGCGUGCACGGGCUCUAAUUAGUCGGGCGGGCCAAGCGCUUGAGCUAAAGGAAGACGGGCCUGUAUCGCCGCCCGGCUUCUCCAUUAGCUCAUCCAGGUUUAUCUCCAGACCUCGACCAUCCACCUCCAGACCUCGACCAUCCACCUCCAGACCUCAACCAUCCACCUCCAGACCCCGGCCGACACAGUCAAAUAACAAUCAAUCACCUGCUCUGUCUAAAAACUCUAACUCAGCUCUUUCUGAAUCUUCUCGGAAGACCGUCAAACAAACCAAUCAACCACCAAAGGGCUUUGCAAGCUCCAAAACAAACUCGACUAGUGCUCCAGAUUCAUCUUCUAAUCAAUCCCCACUGACCAUAACUGAGCUGACAUUUCCGGACUCGCCACCACCCAAGAUGUUACCUCCGCCCACGUUCAGCUUCCGCACCUCAAACAUGAUCAACGAACCCGAGUAUUCUGGAGGGGCGACUGAUUUCACGGAGGAAUCUCAGUAUUCCGGAGGCGCCACCGAUUUCAUGCCUGCUGUACAUCCAGGCCAAGAGCAGUAUCUAGACCUCAACUACUCAAACAAACAUCCAGGCCAAGAGCAGUAUCUAGACCCCAACUACUCAAGCGAAUACUAUCUUGACCCUAAUAUCAACCAAAGCUACUCACACUCAACCUACUCGCACCAAAACUCUACGGCUACCAACCAACCGUUCGGCAUGUCGACUGUACACUCCCAUCCCAAUCACUCGACCCAACAUCAAUUGCAGAAUCAUACCGAAGGUUGGACCAGCAACUCACCUCAUGUCAACCAAACUGUGAUGUCUACCAAUUCUGGGGCGCUACAAUCGAUUCCUAUCCCUCAUCAGACUACUCAUCCGGGACAGCCAUUGACCGGUGGACCGGCUUUCGGAACUCAAGGACCGGGGCCAUUACCAAUUCACCCUUCAGGCCAUGGUGCCGGGCCGCAGGCCAGUGUCCGCGGAGGCCUUCCUUCAAAUGGCGCACGCGCACCUCGCAAGCGUGGCUCCACGAAGCGACAGGCCUCAAAUCCUCGUCCAUCUAAUGCUCCUCCUCCUGCUCCACUUCAAGCGGUUCCAACUCCUCCUCCUCCAAAGAAACAGCCUCGAAACCCUCGUUCAUCAACCGCUGGCCAACCGGCUCUUCCGUUACAUACGAGCACUUCGAAUGACCAACCUUCCACUUCCCAUGGCGCCCAGCAGACCACGAUCACAUCAACCGCUGGCCAACCGGCUACUCCGUUACAUACGAGCACUUCGAAUGACCAGCCUUCCACUUCCCAUGGCGCCCAGCAGACCACGAUCGCAUCUGCUGUACCGCAAGGGACGACUGGAGUUCACUCUGGUGGGGGAGAAGACCGUGCGGGUGAUCUCGCGGGCGAGGUGGAGACUCAAGAGACACGUGGUAGUAAACGGAAGCCAAACGAGAGAAAGCGCCUUGAUCCACUCGUUCUGGAGUCUCUGAGGGGCCUCCAGUUGGAUCAGCUGCGAAAGAAGGUUGCCCACCACGGGCAUUACAAACGUCUGGCGGCCGAAGAUCGUGUUGCCCUUGAUGCGGCUUACUCCCGAUACCAACAAGAAGUGCACUUGAUUGCGGCCGAAAGACUCCUCAAACCCAGACCCGUCUUGAACCACGUGGGCAGCCUGAGCCGAUUCCGAGGCCCGAACAUGUACAUCAACUUUUGCGAAUAUGACAUCGAGGCGCGUAAAGUCUACUAUGACAAAAGUCGAUCGAUGCGUGAACGAAAGCGUGAAUGUGGCCGCCUUUGGAGAGCUCUUGACCAACAAACCAAGUUAAAGUACAAAGACAUCGAAUUCCUCAAGACAUUGCCAAAUCCGUUUGGACGUGGUGAAUGCCCUGGACCCGAUGGUGGGACUUCUGAAGCAUCCCGAGCAAAAAACAAGAAAAGUCGCUUCUAUCGGAGUGCCGAAACCGAACUUUGGAGCAGAAAGGUGAUGCUUGAUUUAAAAAAUCUUGGUGCCGCGCACGACAUUGAAGGGUUCGUCAUGUUGUAUAAGGGGAAUUCAAACGAAGUUGUUAGUGGCAGUAGCUUUAUGGGAGAGAAGUUUGUGGAUAUCUUUGCAAAGGAUAAGAAGUUGGACAUCAGUUCCAACUUUCUAUCCUUUGCAAGCGGUCAAGAGGUGAUCAGGAAAGCAACUGGAGGAAGAGAAAAGAAUCGAGAUGCCGCCCGAGAAAAAUUGAAUGAAGCAAUCAGCAAAGCGACACACAUCAGGAGGAAGUGGCCCGGAAAAACAACCGAGAAAUCUCUGAAGAAGCUCGGUGUUACUUUGCGCAUCAAGGACAACAGCUAUGGAAUCAACGUGUCCCAUUUUUGCGGCAAGCCCGGCGCCAUGGGUGACGAGCAAUUGCAAAAGGUCUUGAGGGCCUUUGCCGAAGAUUUGGUCAUUCUCACGGGGCCACCAGCACCUGAGGUUCCCGAGACGUUGGGUGCUGAUCCCGAAGAGACCUCGGACAAGGAGUUGGAACCUUCAAACUCAAACAAAGGUGAAUGUGUGAUUGCGAAGGCUCCCAAAAAGAAGAUCACAACCGAUCACCGCCGUCUCAAGAGCAAUACCGCCGGAGCCAGCGCUAAGGCCGCUAAGGCCGCUCGGACCACGAGCACGAAUGCUGGUAAGAAGCGAAAGCGACGUUUGUCUGAUUUUUCCGAAAGCGGGGAAGACACGCCGAGUUCUUCUUCUGAUGAUGGAGAUGAGGAUCAAGAUGCCAAUUUCAACGACAGCGAUGACGAUGAUGAAGAUGAUGACGAUGAAGAUAUUGACGAUGAAGAUGAAUAUGAAGAAGGGGAUGUCGAUGAUGAGGUUGAUGACUGA